AUGGCAACAUCAGCUCGUAGAGCAUACGGUUUCGGUAGAGCAGACGAAGCUACACACCCUGACUCCAUUAGAGCAACAUUAGCUGAGUUCCUCUCAACUUUUGUCUUUGUCUUUGCAGCUGAAGGCUCUAUCCUCUCUCUCGACAAGUUGUAUUGGAACCAUGCGGCUCAUGCGGGAACAAACACACCAGGAGGACUAGUACUAGUCGCGUUAGCACACGCGUUUGCUCUGUUCGCAGCUGUUUCUGCAGCCGUAAACGUCUCUGGUGGACAUGUAAACCCUGCAGUCACUUUUGGUGCGCUUAUAGGAGGCAGACUCUCUUUAAUCCGUGCCAUCUACUAUUGGAUAGCUCAGCUUCUUGGAGCCAUCCUCGCUUGUCUCUUAUUAAGACUCUCCACAAACGGCAUGCAUCAGGUGUUGGAGCAGUUAACGGACUUGUGUUCGAGAUCAUUUUUAACAUUUGGACUUGUCUACGUUGUUUACUCAACUAUGAUUGAUCCAAAACGUGGAAGCCUUGGUGUUAUAGGACCGCUUGCGAUAGGACUCAUAGUUGGAGCAAACAUCUUGGUUGGUGGACCGUUCUCUGGUGCCUCAAUGAAUCCAGCUAGAGCCUUUGGUCCAGCGUUGGUUGGAGGGAGAUGGGAUGAUCAUUGGAUCUAUUGGGUUGGACCAUUCAUCGGUGGUGCUUUAGCUGCCAUUAUAUACGAGUUCAUGGUCAUACCCUCUGAGCCACCAAUAACGCACUACACACACCACCAGCCCUUAGCUCCUGAAGAUUACUAG